AUGGGCUUCUGGAAGAUUCUCAACACCCGAAUUAAACUUCUCCUUUGUUUUCGUCCGGCAGAAGUCCCUCACUUCAUCAUGGAUGCUGCAGUAUCACAAAGAUAUUGUGAACAAGAAGUACUCAGUCGCCUUCUGCAUUCCGUAAGAGACCUCAAUCAUGAAUCUAGCCAAGAAAGCGUAGAAAAAUUAGCUGAGAAACUAUAUAAAAGUUUGAACAAGAAGAGGUACCUCAUUGUCCUGGACGAUGUGUGGCAUAAAGAGGUCGUGUUAAACGUCAAAAGUUUGCUUCCGCAUGACAGUAAUGGAAGCCGGAUCUUGUUGACCAGUCGACUAGCAGUUGUUGCUAUGUAUGCUGAUCCUAAUGUGCCCAUUUACAUUACGGAAUUUCGAACUCAAGAAGAUUGUUGGCGGCUGCUGAACAAGUUGGUGUUUGAUAAAGAAAUGUAUCCUCUUGAAUUGGUGAAAUUAGGUAAGGAGAUUGCAAUUAACUGCAGAGGACUUCCACUUUCACUUACCUUGAUCGGCGGUGUCCUGUACAAAGCCGAGAGGACACUAAGUUACUGGAUGCAUAUUGCACAACAUACUAGCACAUCUGUUGUCACUUCAGCAAAGGUCAUAGAAGAAGAAAAAACAUGCUUGGGAAGCAAUGGAUUUCAGGUUGUGCUGAAAGAAGAGGAUACUAAUAUUUCUAGCUAA